AAGGCGUGCCAAUCAGUUGUUAGCAUUUACAAAUGGAAAGGUGGAGCCAUAGAGUAAAUAGAGUCUCCCUGGCCGAACUCAGAGACCUGCACUGACGAGACUUGACGAGCCCACACAGGACUCUAAGCUGCAUCACUGGACCAGAGUGGAGCAUCUGUACGUCUACAGAGUGUCACUGGGCGACGGUGACCCUGAGCACAGAGCUUUUCCUGGAGCCUCUUCUCACUGAACUCAGCCCUGUCACGAUAGCUUCAAUGCUGCCGGACAUUCCAGUGUUUCUUGAAACUGGCAGCAGCAUCAAAAUGCUAGCCAUCUUGGAGAAAUGGAACGACACGUCUGGCUUUCAUAUAGACAACACUGUGAAGUGCCUGUCGCUUAUGCUUUCCAAGUUUGGAAUGGACACAAUGGUCUUUCUCCUAUGCUCCGGGAAGCUGUAUACCUCCUUCUUAAACAUGUGCAGCCUGUCCAUCAUCCUCGGUGACAUGACGAUGGUGCUCUACGUGACAGCUGUGUGGUUACUCGGGCCUGAAAGUUCUCCUGUGUCACUUUGCUACUUUUUGGCUCACGCCUCAGCAGUGUUUAAAGCACUGCCCCUGCCCAUGAUUGCCAUGGGUAUAACUGACUACUGUAUUGAAGAUACCCACCAUGCCAGUAAGAGCUCCUUAUGCAAAUUCCUCAGGAACUUGGUACUGACAUUGCUGGUGUGGACGCUUGCUGUUAUUUACUCCGUUGCUUCUACAAAAGUUGAGCUGAUGGAACUGGUUUAUAUGACAGGCAUAAAGGCUUUGGCGUGUGAAGUAAAGGUGUCCACAUUUAUUAACUUCUUCAUUUUGGGGCUUUUCUCUGCAGUCAUUUUGAUGAUACUUCCCUUUUCAACAAAAAUUCCCAUGUGGGUGAGGGAGGCUGACAGGUUGUCUAAAUCAAGGGAGGAACAAGAUAACCAGAGGAGCGACUUGUUCACAUCAACAUCAUCCACAGAAACAAAAAGCAGUAAGGAAAAUGAUGUGGGGGAGAACAACUGGCUACGCCCACCUCUGGGCCACAGUCUUACUCUGGGCUUUGCUUUAAUUUGGAUGCCUUAUCUCACAGUGUGUGUGGCUUGUCUGGCCUUUGACUUUACAGUGCCUGCCUACAUCAGUGUUAACGUAUUUUGGCUUGAGUGCACCAACAGCUUACUGGUGGGAGUGCUGUUCUGGGUAAAGAGCAAGUCACUUGGGCCAUACAGCAAUCUACCUGAAAAUGUAUGCGCAUGGCAUGUUUUCUGGAAUUUGAGUAAAGGAACAUGGCAGCAGCAGCUCCCUACAGCUGUGUUUAAUCCAUCAGAAGAGAAGAGAAACCCUCUUUUUUACAUCUGACAUAAAAUGAUCUACAAUAAACUUUUACAUCACAGAACUGACAGCAGAAGUGAAAACCAUGAAAUAGGGAAGCUAAUCUCUUUAGCACAUGGACGAGUUUCCUGAAUUAAGCAUGACAUGUGCGUAGUUAACAAAAUAAACUCUUAAGGAGCAAACUUUUGUAACUAUUUACAGAAAUCACCAAAAAUUUGAUAUUCUCUAACUUUUCAUAUGUUUAUAUAUUUGCACAGCUCUAAAGCUGAUUUAUUAUCUAAAGGUGAUUUUUAUACUUUGGGGAAAAUGUACUGUUAAUAAUAUGUUAUUAUGACUUCCUUAAACUGGCGUGUCUAAAUAAAAACAUUCUGAAACACA